CUCAGUUUCACUUUCCGUUCUUACCUGCUGAGAAAUGAGAGCCGGACUCCGCAGCAGAGGCAGAAAAUUUUCAUUUAGUCCUCACUGAGCUGUCAUUUCACCUCCGGCUGCCUUCAUAAACAACCCUUCUCACCUUAAAGUCGACUACAGGAAGUGUGUGUUGGAUGCGGACAGGACUGCGACUACACGGACCGGAGAAGGUGUAGUUAUGACCUCUGCAGUUACACCGAGGGUGGAUCUGAAGGAAGCGGAGGAACUGGCCCUCUCCCUGAGCGAAGCCCUCAGCACCGGGGAUGGACAGGAAGCAGCCAAACUGUGCCAGAGGCUUUCACAACUCUGUGUUCCUGUGUCUGUCACCGUCAGCAGUCAGGCCUACCCUCAGGACUCCAUAAGGUUGCGGGUUGGAGUGGAGGACGCUCAGUCAGACGACUACAUCCCAGUGACUGUUGUGGUUUCUUGUGACAUGACAAUUGCACAGCUUAAAGACAAGAUCAGCCAUGACUUUGGGUUCCACCCCACGCUGCAGCGGUGGGUGAUCGGGAAGCGGCUGGCUCAGGAAAAGGAAACGUUGUACAGCCACGGUGUCCGUCAGGACGGGGACCAGGCUUUCCUGUUUAUCUUGUCCGCCGAUGCUGCUCAUCUCACACGGCAUCAGCACAAGCUGGACGAGGAGCAACAGCGCAUAGAUGGCAUUGUGGAGUCCAUACAGCUUUUUCCCAGAGGGCUGGGCGGAGCUGGUGGUGGUGAGAAGACAGCUCCUCCUCCAGAGCCUCAACUCAUUCCUGCUCCUCGUCCUCCUAAACCUGCUGUCCCUCCUAAGCCUCAGCUGGGCUGGGCCUGUCCUUUGUGUACGUACGUGAACAAACCGACGCGUCCUGGCUGUGAGAUGUGCGGCAGUGACCGGCCAGAGGAUUACCAGGUGCCUGACAUCUACCAGCCUGACCAGGAGGAGGUUCGUCGAAUUCAGCAGGAACACCUGGCCAUGUUACAGUACGAACAGGCUCAGCAGGAGGAACGAGAGAGGAACUACCUGCACCUCUUGGCAACAGAAGACCAGCGCCUUAUCCCCAAUGCCACAGCGACAGACUGUCCCAUCUGCUUCUGUCCCCUGGAGCCAGAGGAGGGCAUUGUGCUCAGAGAGUGUCUACACACCUUCUGCAGGGAUUGUCUAAAAGGGACAAUAGUGAACAGUAACGAUGCUGAGGUGUCCUGUCCUGAGAAAUGUGACAGCAAGCUCCUGGACCGAGAGAUUCAAGCGCUGCUCACAGACGAGGAGCACCAGCGGUUUCUGGAGUUGCGUCUAAGCAUCGCGGAGAGCCGCUCGGAGCACAGCUUCCACUGUCAGACUCCCAACUGUCGAGGGUGGUGCAUCUACGAGGAUGAAGUCAACGAGUUCCACUGUGAACUCUGCAACGAAACCAACUGCAUUCUCUGCCGGGCCAUCCAUGAAGGCAUGAACUGCAAGGACUACCAGGAUGACCUGCGAAUCCGAGCAGAGAACGACCAGGCGGCGAAGCAAACGAAGCAGAUGCUCGAGAGCCUGCUGCAGAACGGGGAGGCCAUGAAAUGUCCACGGUGUGACAUCAUCGUCCAGAAGAAAGACGGCUGUGAUUGGAUCUGCUGUUUGAUGUGCAAGACAGAAAUCUGCUGGGUCACCAAGCAAGCUCGCUGGGGACCAAAUGGCAGCGGUGACACAUCUGGGGGCUGUCGAUGCAGAGUCAAUAAUCAGCCCUGCCAUCCCAACUGCCAAAACUGCCACUGAGGGAAGAAGCACACUAAUGAACACACGCGGCUGCAAGCACAUGCAACGUCUGAAGACAGGCAGACCUCAGUUGAUGCUUAGGCUGUUAGCUUAAUGCAGGCUAUGCUACUGCGUUCUUUACUUUUAGCCUUGUUUUCAGUGGUAUGGUGACGAAACACUGUACAGAAGUUCUCCUGUCACUGAGGCACACGUCUUCUCAGUGCCGCAGUAACGACAGCUGUAAGUGCUUUAUAUAAGCUGUACAAACUGCCAGCUAUGUCUCCUACAUCUCCGCAGCUGAGGAUGCUAACUGUCAGUGUAAGAAAACAAGCUUUACUGGGAUCUUCCUCUAUAAUAAUACCUUGUUAUGAAUUAAUGUUUAUUAUACAUUUUGACCUCUGGCUACUUCUUUCAUCACAAAUCAGUUUUUGAACAAGCACUUAUAUUGUGUUUACUAGAGUUUAACUCAAAACUUUGAUUGGAAAAAAUAUAACUUUUAGUCUCUUAAGACAAAAAUGCAAGACAAGUCUCAUGCCGGGUUCACACAAGACGAUAUCGUCGUACGGUGACAGCACAGACUGUGAAAGACAAUUAGUGUCAUGCGCAAUAAUCCAUCGUUCCAUCUUGUGUAGUGUGUCAUUGUAAACGACAACCGAUGCCACAUCUGGGAUGCCUCAAGACGUCCCAAUAGAAUGUCAUAAUAAAAUUAAAAAACAGUGGCGGGGCUUUUACUUAACACAACUGCAGAGGCUACCAGCGUCAUUUAAAACAGACUACAUUAUAAACGGGUCAUUAUUAUCAUUCCCUCUGUAUGUUUCUAUUUUUACUUUCUUGUUUUGCCCUGGUAAAUUUGAUGCAUCGCACCAUCAUUUCAAACUCAACACUUCCUGUAGCCGUUUAGAAUUAAAUGCCCGUUAGAAUUUCUGUUGAGAGAAUCCCUUCAUUUUCUAAACAGGCUUUUAUUGUGAAAUAUUUGCAAGAACUUGUGGACUUCAAAUGUUGCUCCUGCCAUCUGGUGGCGCUUUUUACGUUACUACAACAACAUUUCAGCUGGGACAUGAACAGCCACAGAGGCUGAAAUAAUAGUAAUGAUAAUAAAAACAGGACAAGAAUAACCCAGUGACAUCACACACGUCAUGAAAGAUGACCAUGGAUGAUUGGUCGUGGGCCAUUGUGCAGUCUUUAAUGUCUGUCGGCCAAGUCAUAGCACAAAUUUAUGACUCCACAAUCACAUAAUCUCACAGAGUGACAGAACAGAUUAAAAUGUCGUGUAGUGUGAACCCGGCAUAAUACUCUAAUACAGCACAUAAAAAUGUCACCCCACAGCCAACAACUUCAUAAAUAAUGAAUUGUCUUUCCCCUUAGCGAAGCAUGGCUACAACUAAUUAACUACAGCAAACAAAAACCUUCAGUCAUGAUGUCAUUAUUUUUACAGCUCAACUUUCAGUCUAUAAAACACCACGACUACAAAUGAGUGCUGGAUUGCUGGAUACCAAAGUGAUGUCUUUCUAAACUAACCAAAAAAGUUUUUUUUAAAGUUGUAACCAGUUUUUGUUUCCUGUUUUUGCUUCUUAAGUGACUAAAAUAUUAAUUUAUUGUAACUACAAUAGCCUUAGAUUUCUGUCAGGUAUUCAGACUGUGGUGAAGGAUGUUGUUUACAUUGAAUGAAUGUGUUCAUAAUGCAAAACAAGCUGCUUUGACGCACUUAAUGACCUUGAAGUAUCAGUUUGAAAUAUGCCGCAGUGGACAAAUAAUGAUGCUGCGAUGAUGAUUUUUUUUUCCACAGGUCUUCAGGACUUAAAUUGUAGUUUUUAAAGGGGAACAUCACCUAAAUUAUGUGUUAAUUUAUUUCUAUGGCCCAGGCUGGUUCAAUCAAUAUAAGUGAACAUGAGCUACUCUCUCAAAGCCAGAAACCAGAGAAGUGAGUGUCAAACUUGUGAUGUGAAGUAUGAAGUCUUUUUUAGACCCAAAUGAGCUUUAUUCUACUGUAGUGUUCGCAGUCCUGAAACAGAAAGUGUACCCAUACACUCACAACAUUCCCCUGGGUGCUCUCAGUGUCAUCUAGAACAUCUUUCCCCAUCCAUUGUCUGUGGAGCAGCUCCAGACUUUAUAUGAUGAUGUCAUAAAUUUCAGUUUUAGCUAGGAUCGAGCCGAAUACUCGAGAAAAAAAAGGUAGGAGUAUCUGGUACAGAUAAUGUACUUUUUACAAGUACAAGUAUUAUCAGAGUAAAAGGUGUCAAUAUCUUUACUGGUGAUGAAGUCAAAUCCUCAUUUAGGUGUUUAAAUCUCUUUCUCUUGUGAUCAAAAAUGAUCUGAACACAGUCCUGGGAUUGUUCUGUAAAUGGCUUUUAAAUAAAAAAAUAAAUGAAUAAAUUAACAACUUCUGAUCAACCAAUCAAUUUCAGGCCUAAAAGAAAAACUUCUGGUUAGCCCCACCCACUUCUGGUUUAAACGAUCCAGGAUAUAGAUACAGAUAAUGGUGUACUAGCUCAUUCCUAGUUUGAGCACUCUAGUUUUGGGAUUUGUGCGGGAGUUUUUCGUGUUUACCAUUUUUUUGUACUGUUUUUAGGCCAGUAGUUCCCAGCUGGUUCAGCCACGGGGUCCAGAUUUCUCCUUAGUCAUUAGUUCAAGGUCCACAGAGUUGAAUAAAUGCAGUGCCAUACUUGCGUUCGUCCAUGUCGUUGAGUAAGUUUAGUGUCUCUGUCAAGUAGCUGUCUGCUUUUCGCUCACUCUACAGCAGGAAACCGCACUUCAAAAUAAAAGCUCUGUGCUGGAAAUUCACUGCACUUCAAAAUAAAAUGUCUUUUACAAACUUGACACGUUCACAAGUCACUUGGGGUCCAUAUCGACUGAACCUGUGACCCACUUAUAGACCACGACCCACUAGUUGGGAACCACUGUCCUAGACCAUAGGAAUACAUGCAUAUGUGUAUGUAUGAAUUUGUUAAUUCCUCAGGAACAACAGAAAUCAAUCUUUGUCUUGUAUCCAUCAUGUUUGUUGGGUUUUACUUGCAUGUGCCAAUGCCUUAAUUCCAAUAAACUGGAACCACAAGAGACG